CGCUGAUUAUGAAACUGGCGUCCUUAAAGGUCGCAGACGUCUGGAUCUCCUGAACUUUAUUGUUAGUGAUUUAUUCUUUUAAUCCGAUUCGGAACUAACUGUCUGGAUUCUGAGAGUCCCAACUGAUAAAGGCAUAUUUUUGUAACAAGGAACCAUUGAAUUCGCCUCUUUAUCUCUUAGAAUAACACUGGUUGACUUCUGGGUUCGUAUCUUCUCAAAAUUAUAUAAUGAUGGAAGUUGCACAGUUCGAUCCAAGUGUCUAAUGUGGUCAAAAUAGACUACUGAUUUCCUUCGUUGAGUGGUUCACUUGAACUCUUUUCCUGUGAACGUAUAGUUUUCUGUUUCUCAAUGGUCACUAGUCGAUUACGUUUUGUGUUGUUUAUCUGUAUUUUGAGUGCAUUUACUUCUGGAUUAACAUUUGGAUUUUCAUCAGCAACAGCACUUCAACUUUAUUUUAACACUAUUUGGUCAUCAGUUUUUAUUGGUUGUUUAAAUAUUGGUGGAAUAUUUGGAUCUUUGUGGUCAACAUGGCUUAUUCGUCAUUGCGGUCAUCGUCGUACAUUAUUACUUUCUUAUACUCUAUCUGUGAUUGGAUGGAUGUUAUUGUUUUGGUCAUCACCAACUGUUUAUGAACGAUAUUCACCGACUGUUCAAUUGAUAUUAGGACGUUUAUUAACUGGUUUAGCAUGUGGAUUAACUUUAACUACCAAUAUAAUUUAUGUAUAUGAAAUAGUUCCAUCAUCACGGAAAGUAUUAAUGGGAUCAUUGUUUCAAAUUGGCAUAGCAUGUGGAAUUGUUUGUGAUUAUACACUUGCGGUGUUUGCAAACUGGGAUGUUAUUUCCUUGAUUUUUGCAUUGAUUAUCUCGUUUGUAGCUAUUUUGACUUUUUAUUUACCGGAAUCCUCUGAAUGGUACAUUACAACGGGUAAUUUACAACUAGCCGAAGCAUCUCAUUAUUGGUUGUAUGGAAAUGAGAUACCUUUUAAACAAAAUGCUGAUCAUUUGUUAAAUAAUGGUAAUGUUUCGCAUGAUUUAUCAAAUCUCAACACAAAUUCAUACACUGGUUCUUCACAGCAUCUUUUAAAUAACUCAACAUGUAAACUACGCACAAUUUUUCUACUAAUGCUAUUUCAACAAUUGACUGGAAUGAAUGUGAUCAUUUCUUUUGCUGAAACAGUUUGUAUAUUUGGUGGACUAGUAUCAUAUCAAUGUGCAUUCUUCAUAGGAUUGUAUUUAUUGAUUUUCAGCAUUGUUUCAGUAUAUAUAGUUAGAAUAUUCUCUUGGAAAAAAUUACUACAAAUUGGUGCUGUGAUUAUGGCUUUAUCGCAUUUGUGGUUUUCGUUGACAAUAGUGCAACGUAGUAAGGUUUACGACUUAACUAUGGUUCCAAUUGAUAGUGUAUUUUCAGAAAUCGGUCUUCCACUAUCAUCAUCAUCAUCACCUUGA